ACAAGUUUACGGUAUUCUGCGUAAUAAUGGGACCGUAGUUCAAUUUCAAGUAUAAUUUCCAAAUUCCCCCGUCCAAUGGCUUCGCUGCUAACGACCUCCCGCCAUGUGGCCCUAUUUCGCCAGCAGCAGAUACCCAACGUGUGGAUACUAACGUGGCUAAUAGGAAACCAACGGAAAAGUACCAAUAUUAACGCGAUCGAUUCUUUCAUCAGCGAGCUGGUGGAAAAUAAAUCACUCAAGUGGAAGGUACUAAAUAGUCGCCAUCGAAACGGACAACCGCGUGUGGUUCCCUCUUCGACAAGUGCCCCAAUCAAGGAAGAAACGAUAAAGCGUGUGCCAUUCCGGUUGACCGAACUGUACACCGAACUGACCCAAAAUCCUCUGGUCGUAAACAUAAGCAAACUGGAUGUGGCUCAGCUAGAUCAGCUUGUAGCGACUGCCCUGAAGGAGCAAAACAAAGAGGAUGUUAGUCUUCUUAUAAAUCAAAUGUUGCAGUUUAGUAAAAUCCCAUCUCUACCAGUACUUCAUACAGUUUUUAAGUAUCUAUCGGAUGAGAGGGACAAGGAAACGCUGGAACAAUUGAUUGAUCUUUGCGUGAAGCUGCAGAUAAAGGAUGGAAAAGAUUGUAGAUUCGACCACUAUCGGGCGCUGUGUCAGUGGAAAUUUGGCAACACAUUUAAAUCACUAGAAUCCUUUCGUGAAAUCAUUGCCGUUAGCGAUGAGGAUCAGUUGAUCGCCGUUGAUCAUAUGCUGCGGGAGAUGAUCGACGAAACCAUAGGAAAAAAGAGUGAAGCCGUUUUGUUGGCCGUGAUGGGAUUGUGCGAGUAUUGCAUUACGGAAGUGAAGCAUGAGUUUCCCAUCUGCUAUGUUUGGGAGAAAAGCUUCCAUAGCAGCUGGCACAGCGAUCAACAGGCGGCAAAAACGAUAUUCGAUCGUCAUGAACCGUUAAGGAAAGCUAUUAGCAAAAGAUUGGGACAUCUGUCUUACAAAAUGCUGUACGACAACGAUGUGGAAAAGGUCUACCAACUGAUAGAAAUGUUCCUCAAACACAACAUGAAGGCAGAGUGCAAGUCGUUGUUAAUCAGAUUAUUUGAAUACCAAUAUUGGCGCAAAAAUCUAAGGGGUUGUUCGGAAAUCAUGCAGAACGCUAUCGAUCUCAAUAUCACCCUUCCGGAGAUGUACAACCGCCAUUUGUUAGAGCUUCUCCUGGGCCGGGGAUCGAAGGACUCUUUCGAAGAUGAAUUACCGAAAAAGACGAAGGAACUAAAGCCAAACAAAUACGAGCUGAAGUUUUGAGAUGUGUACAUAUGAAGGUUUCUGUUGAGUUGUAUAACUGUGUAGAAACAAACUAGUGUAAGUAAAAAGUGGUAAAUAGAAAGUUAAGUCUAACUAUGAUUCUA